CUGAUUUACUCACAUGUGGACUGGAUUUUAACAGUGACGGGAACGUGCUUACUGUGUUGUGAUACAAUCUAGACAGACAGACAAGCAAGUGAUGCACCUCACGAUUUGGUCAACGAAGAAUAUAACAACACAUUACAGUCUUUAUCGAUUAUCGCAAAUUUCGCUGUGCAUCUCUCUUGCCUAAACGACAAAUGAUACGAUGGAAAAUUUAGAAUUGAGCCUGUCAUCACUGGGUACCAUAUCCAGACAUAUUGACAAAAGUCACAACGAACUCAGCAAGUAUUUAGCAAAACAGAUAUGGAGCCAGCAGGACAGACAGUGCAUUCUAGCUUGUUUGGCUCAGCUUCUUUUGGAGAAGGACUAUACUCUGCUUCUCGCCCGCCACCUCCGGCCCCUGAUCCUUGACCUGCUGGAGAGGAACGCAGAGAGGAUUAAAGCAGAUGGCAGGAUCAACCAUGAUCUCCACGAGCGCCUGUGUGUGGCGCUUAGCAAACUCCUCGGUGUCAGUCCCGAUGCACAGGCGUUUGCUGCGAGGUACUUCAAUGAUGCCCCUCCAGUGUUCCAGAGGCUCUUCUUCACCAGUGAAGAGUCCUCGUCUGUCCAGUACGGCCCCAGGAGGAUGAAACUGCGGGACUUGAUGGGCGCUACUCUCCGCUUCCUCCAGAGUGACUGUACCAAGUUCCGAGUCCUCUGGGACUGGAGUGCUUGCGUGUCUCAGCUACUCACCAGCGACGUCAUGGUUCGAGGUUACACUGCCCAGUGUCUGGCUCUGGUGUCUCAAAUGACUGAUAAUCAGAAAACCAUCUUCUUGAGAAAGGUGCUGUCGAGUGAUGAGAUUCUGCACAUGAAGAUAAAGUCACUGGAGGAGACUCAGCAGUUGGAGGUAGAGAAGGCCCUGGUGCUUGCUAACCAGGGCACUGUAAUGUGGCGCCAGGAGAAGGUGAACAAGUUCACCCGGGGCCAGGUGGUGUCAGAGGACCUGUCCCAGACCGUGGUGGCUGUCUGUGGGGUGGUAUUACCUAGGAUCGCCCCAAAACAGACAGAGCAGGGUAACCUAAAACAUCUGGUGCUAGUGGACUCAACCUGCCGCAACCUGCGGAGACUGGCCAUGGCCGUGGCAUCCCAGAAGGCUGUUCUUUUGGAAGGGCCCAUUGGAUGUGGUAAAACAGCCCUGGUGGAAUUCUUGGCUGCAGUGACCGGACAUACCAAAACACCAGAGAUUCUCAAAGUUCAACUUGGGGAUCAAACUGACAGCAAAAUGUUGCUUGGGAUGUAUCGCUGUACUGAUAUCCCAGGGAAGUUUGUAUGGCAGCCAGGUUCCCUGACACAGGCUGUCUCUAAAGGACAUUGGAUUCUGUUGGAGGACAUUGACCAUGCUCCUCUGGACGUGAUAUCUGUACUCCUUCCCUUGAUGGAGAAUAAACAGCUGAUGAUCCCAGGACGGGAGGACUGCAUUGAAGUGGCUCCAGGCUUCCAAUUCUUUGCUACGAGAAGAAUGUUCCACAGUGCCGGAGGCUGGUACAGGCCACAGAACACCCACGCAGCUCUCUUGGACAAGUACUGGACUAAACUACAGAUUGGAAACAUGGCACGAGAGGAACUGAAGAAGGUGCUGGUGAACCGGUACCCUAACCUAACGGUUGUGGUGGAGCGCCUACUCGACAUCUACUGCCAGCUGACUGGAGAGAGGCACCCUGACCCGGUGGCACUGGGCCACACAGACCUUAUUCAUGCACCAGAGGUGUCUCAUCACAGGCUGGAGGACAAGACCACAUCCCUGGAGGGGAGGGGACUGUCACUGAGAGACCUGCUGAAAUGGUGUGAGAGGAUCAGCAGUAACUUUGACAGCACCUCGUCUGCCACCGCUCAACAUGUCUUCUUAGAGGCCCUAGACUGCUUUACAGCUAUGCUAUCCCGACCAGAGAGGAGGCUGUGCAUGGCUGAGGUCAUCGGGAGCAAGCUCAACAUCUCCAAAGAGAAGGCUGCACAUUUCUGCCAGAUGUACCAGCCUGGCAUCUCUGUCACAGAGCUGGAGGCUUUGGUGGGCAGAGUGACCCUGGAACGGAAGCAGAACGAAGUGGUCCGCAUCUGCAAUGAGAAGCAGACAUUUGCUGCCACGCGGCCCUCUGCAGUGCUUUUGGAACAGCUAGCAGUGUGUGUUACCCAGGGCGAGCCCAUUCUGUUGGUCGGAGAGACUGGCACGGGCAAGACAUCCACUGUGCAGUACCUGGCUGGAAUCACUGGACACAGGUUACGGGUGGUGAAUAUGAACCAGCAGAGUGAUACAGCUGACCUGCUAGGAGGGUAUAAACCAGUGGACCACAAGCUGAUCCUGCUGCCCCUGCGCGAGGCCUUCGAGGACGUGUUCUCCCAGACGUACUCCCGCAAGCAGAACCUGACCUUCCUGGGCCACGUGCAGACCUGCUUCAGAGGCAAGCGCUGGCAGGACCUCCUUAAGCUCAUGGACCACGUUUGCAAGUCGGCCCUCAACAAGUCGGAGCUGCAGGAAAAAAACAAUGCCGCCUUGUUGCAGGAGCAGUGGGAAACCCUGGCCGUGAGGCUGGCUCAGACACAGCAGCAGAUCAGAGCCUGUGAGACCGCACUGGUCUUUGCCUUUGUAGAGGGGACUCUGGCCCAGGCGGUGAAGAAGGGAGAGUGGAUCCUGCUGGAUGAGAUGAACCUGGCUGCAGCAGAGACUCUGGAGUGUCUGAGUGGCCUGCUGGAAGGCACCGCCGGCUCUCUGGUGCUGCUGGACCGCGGAGACACUGAGCCCCUGGUUCGCCAUCCAGACUUCCGCCUCUUUGCCUGCAUGAACCCAGCGACUGACGUGGGGAAGAGGAACCUGCCCCUGGGCAUUCGGAACAGGUUCACUGAGCUGUAUGUGGAGGAGCUGGAGAAUGAGGGAGACCUGCGCAUCCUGGUGUCUGACUACCUGAAAGGCCUGAACCCCAAUAAGAACGUCAUCAACGGGAUUAUAAGCUUUUACCUGACGGUGCGUAAGGAGGCUACCUCCAAACUGGUGGACGGGACUGGACACCAUCCCCACUACAGCCUGCGUACCCUCUGCAGGGCACUGAAGUAUGUGGCAGCCAACCCCUGCUACAGCGUCCAGCGCUCUCUCUACGAGGGCUUCUGUUUGAGUUUCCUUACCCAGCUGGACCGCAGCUCCCAUCCAAUGGUCCAGAAACUGCUGUGUCAACACAUCAUGGGGGGAAACAUCAAGUGUCUGAAGCAGCCCAUCCCGGAGCCCACGGGGCGGCCCUGCAUUCAGAUGGAGGGCUACUGGGUAUCCCAGGGGGAGAUGGAGCCGGCUCUGGACCCCAGCUACAUCCUCACCACCUCCGUCAAGCUUAACCUGCGUGACCUGGCCAGGGUGGUGUCUGCUGGGAGCCACCCCGUCCUGAUCCAAGGAGAGACCUCGGUGGGAAAGACCAGCCUGGUCAGGUGGAUAGCAGCGGCCACGGGGAACCAGUGUGUCAGGAUCAACAACCACGAGCACACAGACAUCCAGGAGUACAUCGGCUGCUACUCUUCUGACGGCAAGGGAAAGCUGAUCUUCAAAGAGGGCGUUCUGAUUGACGCCAUGAGGAAAGGAUACUGGAUUAUUCUGGAUGAGUUGAACUUGGCCCCUACUGACGUCCUGGAGGCCCUCAACAGACUGCUGGACGACAACAGGGAGCUGUUUGUCGCAGAGACACAGGAAGUGAUCAAAGCGCACCCCCGGUUCAUGCUGUUUGCUACCCAGAAUCCUCCUGGUCUCUACGGAGGCAGAAAGGUGCUGUCCAGGGCCUUCAGGAAUCGUUUUGUGGAGCUUCACUUUGACGAGUUGCCUAGUGAUGAGCUAGAGACCAUCCUCUGCCAGAGAUGUAGUCUUCCUCCAUCCUACUGCUCCAAGCUGGUCAAAGUCAUGCAGGAUCUCCAGUCUCUUCGCAGGGGAUCUACAGUGUUUGCUGGGAAACAUGGCUUCAUCACCCUGAGAGAUCUCUUCCGCUGGGCUGACCGCUAUCGGCUGGAGGAGCAGACAGAUGCCUCCCGCGAUUGGCUGCAGCAUUUGGCUGAUGACGGGUUCAUGCUGCUGGCUGGGCGGGUCAGGAAGCCAGAGGAGGCCUCCACUAUCCAGUCCAUCCUGGAGAAACACUUCAAGAGGACGGUGAACUCUGACACCCUGUUCUCAGAGCAACAACUCACCACACAGUUUAGUCCGUUCGUGGACAGCUUCGCGGGCGUGCCUGAGGAGUUCCGUCACGUGGUGUGGACGCUGGGGAUGAGGAGACUGGCCGUGCUGGUGGGACGGGCCCUGCAUUUUGGGGAGUCUGUUCUAUUGGUGGGAGACACUGGGUGUGGUAAGACCACCAUCUGCCAGCUGUUUGCUGCGCUAGCCGGACAGAAGUUCUUCUCCCUCAACUGUCACCUGCACAUGGAGACGUCUGACUUCCUGGGGGGCCUGCGUCCUGUCAGACAUACUGGGACACACCAGGCGGAUGCUGAGGACGGCAGGUUGUUUGAGUGGCACGACGGGCCCCUAGUCCUGGCCAUGAGAGAGGGGGGGGUGUUCCUCAUGGAUGAGAUCUCCCUGGCUGACGACUCUGUGCUGGAGAGACUCAACAGUGUCCUAGAGACUGAGAAGUCUCUGGUGUUGGCAGAGAAAGGAAGUGGAGAUGACGAUGACGUGGAGCUGAUCACAGCAGAGCAGAACUUCCGCCUGGUUGCCACCAUGAACCCUGGAGGAGACUUCGGCAAGAAAGAGCUCUCUCCUGCGCUGAGGAACAGGUUCACAGAGAUCUGGUGCCCUCAGAGUAACAGCCGCAGUGACCUGGUGCAGAUCAUCCAGCACAACCUGAGGACCAGCCUCUCAUUGGAUGACAAUGACCACCAAGGAAGAGACAUUGCGGAGCUCAUGCUGGACUUUAUUGACUGGCUGACCAACCAGGACUUUGGGCGGCGCUGCGUGGUCAGCGUCAGGGACAUCCUGUCCUGGGUCAACUUCCUCAACCUGGUGUGUGAGCGUGACGCCGACGGCUUCAUGACCAUGGGGGACGAGGGCGAGGAGGAGGCUGAGUGGGACCUCCGGCUGGACACGGUCACUGCCUUCAUCCACGCCGCGUGCCUGGUCUACGUGGACGCCAUCGGCUCAGGGACAACAGUAUCUGCUGCGGAGAACGCCCUUGUGGCGCGCAGGGCCUGUCUGAGAUUCCUGCAUACCAAGCUGGGUGGGAUCACCAAGCUGGACCAGGAAAUGCUAGAUGCACUGAGGGUCUAUGACACCAGCCUGCUCAGGGAGCCCCAGUGGGGGGAUGACUUUUUUGGCAUCGACCCCUUCUACAUCUCCUCAGGCCCGGAGAGUGAGAGCAGGAGCCUGACGGACUAUGCCCUAGCAGCAGGCACCACAGCAGUUAACGCCCAGAGGCUCCUGAGGGCCCUGAAGCUGCAGAGACCUGUGCUGCUGGAGGGCUCCCCUGGCGUGGGCAAGACCAGCCUGGUGGCUGCCCUGGCAAAGGCUUCAGGGAACCACCUCGUCAGGAUCAACCUCUCGGAGCAGACUGAUGUGACAGACCUGUUUGGUACCGACCUGCCUGUGGAAGGAGGGAAAGGGGGAGAGUUUGCAUGGCGCGAUGGCCCUCUCCUGGCUGGACUGAAGGCUGGACACUGGAUUGUCCUGGAUGAGUUGAACCUGGCCUCUCAGUCCGUGCUGGAGGGGUUAAACGCCUGCUUUGACCACCGUGCUGAGAUCUACAUCCCAGAGCUGGGCAUGAGCUUCCAAGUACAACACGAGAAGACAAAGAUCUUCGGCUGCCAGAACCCCUUCACUCAAGGAGGGGGGCGCAAGGGCCUGCCCAAAUCUUUCCUCAACAGAUUCACUCAGGUGUUUGUGGAUCAGCUGACCAGUGAGGACAUGGAAUUUAUAGGAGACUCCAUCUUUCCAAACAUUGACAAUCAGAUCAUCUCUAAAAUGGUGCAGUUCAACAACCGGCUUGUCCUUGAUGUAUCUGUGGAGAGGAAGUGGGGUCAAAAAGGAGGCCCCUGGGAGUUCAACCUGCGUGACAUGUUCCGCUGGUGUCAGCUGAUGCAGACCGACCAAUCACCAGGGUUCUUCAACCCGGGUCAGCACGUGGGGUUGGUGUACGCUAACAGGAUGAGGACCAAGGCAGACAAGGCCCAGGUGCUAUCUGUGUUCAGGAAGGUGUUUGGGGAGGCCUUUGAGCCUUACACCGGAUCAAGACAAUUCCACAUCACUCCACUCAAUUUGCAGGUGGGAUUCUCUGUCCUCCAGCGUAGCGGUGGAUCCCCCGUGGCCCUAGACCCCCCUCUGUCUAUCACCCACCAGGCACUGCGGCCCCUGGAGUCCCUGAUGAAGUGUGUGGAGAUGGGCUGGAUGACGGUGCUGGUAGGCCCAACGGCCAGCGGGAAGACCAGCCUGGUGCGCCUCCUGGCCCUGCUCACUGGACACCGCCUCCGGGUCAUGGCCAUGAACAGUGCCAUGGACACCACCGAGCUGCUGGGAGGGUUUGAACAGGUUGACAUCGUGCGGCCAUGGCAGCAGGUGCUGGAGAACGUGGACUACAUUGUUGCCAUGGUAACGCGGCGAGGUCUGAUGUCAUUGGACGGGGCAGGGGUCCAGGACACAGAGUUCCUGCUGAAGACCUGGAGCCUGUUCUGUCGCUGGCUGAAGGAGGAGGGCCUGGAGAGGACCGGUGGGACGGUGACCUCCGAAGCCCUCAACAAACUGGAGGUCAUCAUCCUCCUGCUGCAGAAGCUCAACACCAAACUCAAGGUGUUCACAGACAUGUCCAAGCUGCAGAUGGACUUCACCCUGUUGAAGGAGCGUCUGGCCCAGCUGCAGGACGGCUGGAGUAACGGAGGCUUUGAGUGGCUGGACGGCAUGCUGGUCCAGGCCCUGCAAGCUGGGGAUUGGCUGCUCAUGGACAAUGUCAACUUCUGCAGCCCCUCUGUGUUAGACCGUCUGAAUGCCCUGCUGGAGCCCGGUGGGUGUCUGACCAUCAACGAGCGUGGGGUCAUCGAUGGAACCACUCCUUCCAUCACCCCACACCCCAACUUCAGGCUGUUCCUGACUAUGGACCCCGUGCACGGGGAGAUCUCCAGAGCCAUGCGGAACCGAGGGGUGGAGAUCUACAUCCCAGGGGAACACGAGGGGGUCUGUUGGGACACUCUGGACCUUAAGACUGUUCUCCACACUGCUGGUGUGACCGGAGACUGUGUGUGUGACCUGCUGAUUGAAAUACACACUGACAUCAAAGCUACCAUUUGGGAUUCCCCUGCAUCAUGUGUCUCCUCCCUGCUCCAUGCUGCAGCCCUGCUGUCCUGCCAGCUGCAGAGAGGAGUGGACCUGCCCAGUGCCCUGCAACACGCCUGUGGGGAGGCCUACUCCCUCUGCCAACGCACCACCUCCAUCCAACGGCAAGCCCAGGAGGUGAUUGAGCGCCACCUGUCCAUCCUGGACACAGAGGACUGGGGCAGCGGGCUGCUGUGUGCCGGGGUGUGGCCAGACUGCUUCCCCUCAGCCCUGCUCUCCACCGAAGACUCCUGCUUCUCCUCGGUCCUCCGCGACGGACAGGUCCUCUCCUUCUGCCUCAACACACUCAGCAUGCAGGGCAAGAGGAGCCGUCCUCUGAGCCUGACUGACCUCCAGAGGGCUCUGCAGAGCGGGGCAGCGCUGCACGAGGGCCUGGUUUUCUCCGGCGGCGUGGUGGACCUGGAGGAGGAUGGUGACACCCUGCGCUUGCUGCCUACCGCUGUUAGGCUACUCACCGAGAGGGCCUCGCACUCAGACUGGAUGCUCCGUACCGCCUGGCUCUCCAGCCUGGCCAAGAACUACAAACACGCCCCUGAGGUGGCACUGGUGCAGCUGGAGGCAGGGAACAGAGCUCUGAAAGCCAUGUUCAGCAGCAAGCUGACUGUGAAGGGAAAGUGCCUCACUGAGCUGCUGCAACCACAUAGCACAGAUGACUACAGGAUUCUGGUGGACAUGCGUUGGAACAAGCAGUACCUGGACAUUCUGGCCAACACGUGUAACUUUGAAGACGAGGAGAGGUACAUGGAGUUCAUGGAGGCUCUCAAUGCAGUGGCCAACAGGAUCAUACUGUUGAUGGACAGAGAGGAGAGGGCUGCGGUCGGGAGCUGUGCUAUCAAGUCAUCAGCACACAACAGUGCGCUGAGGCUGGCCACUGCUUUCUCCAAAGGGACGGUGGACAUUGGUCAUCUGCCCCACCCAGUACUGAUGCACCUGCGCUCCUUCUUUGACCUGUGGGACACCUUCACACUGCAGGCCGUGCAGACUGGACAGCCCUACAUAUCUGACCAUCUCAUGUUCGAGAUCCUGCAGCUGCUGCAGUGGAGAGACCGGUUCUGGCAGGUGUGUAACUCGCUGCCUGCUGACUCCCAGGGAGUGUCGGUCCUCUCACUACACUGGCAGUGGGUGCAGAAACACCUCAUCCUCCGGCUUCCACAGCUACUACUGGGAGAUGGCACCCAUGAUGGCCAGCAGGAGCUCCAGACAGUGUCUGCUGCCAUCCAGACUGUCCUGUCUACCUCUGUCACUGUGGCUACUGCCCUGAAGGGCAUCCAGAAAAUAUUGGGGAAACCCCUUCCAUUCAAGCUGGAGUCUGUAGCCGAGUGUGCAUCCCGGCUGAGGGUCCUGAGCAGGGCCCUGGACGUGGGCGACCUGAGGCUGGACAACACGGCCUCCCUGUGGAGACAAGAGCUAGUCCGCCUGCAGGGAGCCGCUCUGGGCCUGGACACCAAGGAAAGCCUGCUAGAAGCCUGGGGCCUGGUCCUGCUGGCCAAUAACCAGCUAGAACCCCAGAACUCCGGUGUCCUAGAGAGGCUGUUGUCGUGUGUGCAGCAGCAGCAGGGUCACAUGACCUCGUGCGGCCUACUGGAGGUGCGCUCCUCUAUGCAUGACGAGGGGGAGCAGGGAGACAGCGCCCCUCCCUGUAGGGAGGUGUUACAGCAACUCAGCCGCAGGGCCCAACUCUGGCCUCUCAUGGAGGAGCUGGCCGUACUCAACCAGCUCAGGCUCAGCACCGACCUGCUGCAGCUGGCUCUCACACAGGGUGACAGAGAGUCUGAGGACAGCCUGCGUCGCGAGGUCUCCCAACACCUGCGCUUCUGUCUCCAGUCCACCCCCAUGAACGUCAGCCAGCUCCAGCCUCUCUGGUUCCUCCUCAGCAGUGACCGGCCUGCGGAGGAGCUGCAGUUUGUGUGGUGUGAUCUGCUAUCAGAGGCCCUGGCGGCCCUGUGGAGCAGCAGUGUGACCUCUGACCCAGAGCGCUGGCUGAAGUGGGACCCCCUGUGUUCCGAGGGACAGAUGACAUCAUCCAAGACACCUCUGUCACCUGAAAACAUGGGUCCUGGCAUGCUGAGCAAAGCAGUGUGGUCAAGGUGCAUGUUGGGGGUUCUUAGCAGCAGCGAGAUGGGGGGUCAGUGGGACCCCACGGGAACGUCCUUCCUCUCCUCAUCCCGGGUCACCCUGGGGGAGUGGAGGGAGCGGACCCAACAGCUCCAAGACGUCACCGCCGUGCUGUGGGACAACAUGGCUGUCCCUGCCCUGGCUGAGUUCAGGGCUACAGACCUGCGGCUGCAGGGCGUGGUGCUGCGCCGGCAGCUGCAGUCCAUAUCAGAGCUGUUGCCUCCAGGGCUGCAGGAGAGCUACACAGAAACCUGUGAGAGCCUGGUGGAGGACCAGGACCCUCUGGUGGCCGCCCAGGAGGUCCAGACCACCCUCACAGACUUCCUGCCCCCCAACCAGCUCCCCGAAGGCCUGCUGGGCGCCCUACUCACCUGCCUUCAGCAGUUUGUCCAGAACAGGGUCCAGGGCUCCAUCCGUGUCCAGGGCUUCAGCCAGCUGGUCCGCUCUGGGGUCUUCUGGGUCAACAUGGGCCUGCUGCAGAUCAAGACCUGGACCCCACAGACCAUCUUCGACCCGGCCGUGAAGAGGGCCUACAAGCUGGACUACGCCCAGGAGGAGCUGGCUUUGCUGCAGGAGGAGUGGAGAGGACGCAGUCUGUCCUCUCAGCUGUUGACUGGAGCUGAGCUGGAGGAGAGCAGCACCACUGAUGGCUUCCAACAUCCUCGCAUCAGGUACCUGUGGAUCCGUAUGCAGCAGGUGAAGGAGCAGAUAGCAGAGCUCUCCAGAAAGCAGGCCUGCAGGCCCAACGAGCCCCAGUACGGCAGGCUCUUCCAGGAGCUGCAGCACUACCUCUGCAGCAUAGGCCAGCCGGCCUCCAUAGAGGAUCUGCUCUCUCACCUGCUCAAGGCCCUCCAGGGGAGCGGCACCAAAUCCAGGUCGGGGGCUCAGGGCCUGCUGAAGGAGGAGGCCGUGUGGCAGGCCUCGCAGCACCGCUUCGCCCAGAGGCUGGCGGAGGAGUACCCGCUUUACCCUGAUGUAGUGGGGCCCCUGAGGACUGCCAUCCUCCAGCUGAGGCAUGGUAUGAGACUGGUGGCAUCCCAGGUGGCCUCUUCCCUCACCCCGAUUCCAGGCCUGCCCAAGCUGGUGUCCUGCCUGCUGGCCUUCCCCUCUGUGUCCCCCAGCAUGCCUUCCUACCUAGCCAGGGCAGACUACCUGUGCUCCAGGGGCUGCAUGGAUGUUCUGAGGGGCCUAGGGAAGCUCUUACCCCAGCAGGACCUGGAUCACGUGAUUCCAGAGCCAGGAACGUUACUCCUGAAUGCUCUGUUGUACCUGCAGUGCCAUGCCCUCUCCACUGGUCAGCUCAACCAGGACACACUCAAACUCUUCAGACACAUCUGUCAGGCUCUGGUGAAUGAGUGGGACGAGCAGGAGAGGCGUGCGCAGGAGAAAGAGCAGCUAGAAGCCAGUCUGUAUCGCCACCGCAGCAGACUCCACGGAACAGGUUUGAGUGAGGACGAGCAAGAGGAGAGAGACUUCAGACGCUGCUUCCCCCAGUUCAACAAGGACUUUGCUGACAUCACCACCCAGCCCAGUCUGGAGGGACCAGCAGACAGAGGAGAGCCGGAGGAGGAGGAAGUGACAGAGGAUCCCAACGAGGCUGGCUUCCUGUCUCCAGCCUGUAUGAACACUGUGGUACAGGUUCAUCAGCGCCUCUGUCUGGGCUACACCCAAUCACUGUGGUACCAGACCAGCACUCCAGCCAAUCACAGCAAAGAUCACAUCCGGGCUCUGGUCUCCUCCUAUCAGACCACAGCCCCGGUGAUGUCACGCUUCUACCAUCUCAUGGACUCUGAGAUGGACCAGCAGCUGACAGGCACCCAGCUGCUUCUCAGCACCCUGCUGCAGAACACUGUCCAGGGGACCCCAGGCCCCGAGAGCCUGACCCUCCAACCAGACGGGCCCUAUGACUUCUACCAGCAGCCCAACAUGAGUGAGGCCCGCUUGUGUCUGCCUGUCCUGGAACAGCUAGCCCUGGCCGUCGGACAGAGGCUGGAGGAGUGGCCCGAGCACCCCGCCCUAGUCCAGUUGACGGUGGUGAUGGAAAGGAUCAUGGCCUUCAGUCUGGCCAGCCCACUUGCCAAGUUCCUCAACGGGCUGGAGAUCCUGCUCAGCAAAGCCCAGGAGUGGGAGAACAACGCCAGCCGCAAGGUCUCUCUGAGGAGGGAGCUGGAGCCUGUCACUAACCUCAUCAUCCAGUGGCGCAAACUGGAGCUCAACUGCUGGUCCAGCAGUCUGGACAAUGCCUUGAAGCGGCACACGGAGAGAUCCACCAAGCACUGGUUCUCCCUCUACCAGCUGGUUGAGAGGUACCAGGAGGAGCAGAGGAUGGGCACCAGCGCAGAGGGUGAUGGUGUGGAGAGUCUGUCCCUGUCCACGGUCUCCUCCACGCUGCAGGCCUUCAUGGAGGGCUCCACCCUGGGAGAGUACCACACCAGGCUAGUCAUGCUGCUCAGCUUCCACUGCCACCUCCUCCUGGCCCCCAGCCAGCAUGGACAAGAACCUCUCUGCCGUCUCCUAUGGAAUUUGCACAAGUACUAUACACAGUUCUCAGAAUGCAUCCAGACCAAAGUCACUCAGCUCCGCCAGCCCAUUGAGAAGGAACUAAAAGACUUUGUGAAGAUCUCCAAGUGGAAUGAUGUCAGUUUCUGGUCCAUUAAACAGUCAGUGGAUAAGACCCACCGAACCCUGUUUAAGUUUGUGAAGAAGUUUGAGGCGGUGCUGAGCGGGCCGGUUGCUCCAGCGCUGAUUGAGCAGGGCAGCAGUGCCAGCCUGGACAGUGUGGAUGCCAACGAAGAGAACACCCCACUCCACAGGGUUCACCAUGCCCUGAAGAACACCCUCCCUGGCAGGACCAGAGACCUAAAGAGUGAGUCCCCAGAGAAGGGACCGGCGGGUGUGGAGCCCUCGUCUCUGCAGGGCCGCCUGGCCCUCCUCACCAGGAAGAUGAGGAAGAUGUGUGUGACACUGGUGAAGAAGAACCCUCUGCCAGAGCUCUCUGAGGACCUGGAUGUCUUCACCGGGGAGAUCAUCAGCAACCUGCGCGACCUCCAGAGCCUCACGAUUGACCUGAAAGCCGAGAAGGAGAAGCAGAAGUCAGAGGUCAAACACAUCCUCCAGCAGAAGCAGAGAGCCCUGUCUGACCUCUUCAAGAUGCUGGCUGAGAUUGGUCUGUCCUACCGUAAGGGCCUGAACUGGAACAGGACAGCGGACCCAGACGAGACCCUGUGUCUACAGCCUCUGGAGCUGCAGACAGCCCUGGCUGCAGUCUGGACCCAGGAGCAGGCAGAGAAAACUUUGUUUACUGAGAUGAGCGCUGCGUGGGACGGCUGUCAGAAGUACUUCUACCGCUCGUGGGCCCGCAGAACAGCCAUGAUGACUGCCCUCCAGAGCGCUGCGAAGGAGCUGGGGAUUGGGAACAUUGAUCGUUGCCGAGGCUUCUCCUCCCACCUGUUCAAACUGCUGCUCAGGCAAAGGCGACGCCUGGCCAAGCUCACAGAGCAGUGGGUCCACCUCAGGAGGCUAACAGCCAGCGUGCAGGGCAUCCAGGCUCACCUCCAGUCCCACAGUGAGAAUGCGGGUGGCCUUCCCCCCCAGGCUUCCCUCCAGGGCUGGGUGAUCAAGGCCCAGGGCCUGGCAGGGCAGUGUGCCACCCUCCUCCAGCAGCUAUCCUGGAUGCUGCAGUGCUGCCCCGAGGGCCCCCAGCAAACUGAGGGGCUAGACGGGCAGAGGGAGCCCACCCUGAGGUGCCCGUCCCCCAUGGCGGCUCAGAGGCAGCCCCCUGGUUGUCUGCUGAGGAGAGGAGACCCGGCCUGGAGCCAGCUGAGUCGGUGUGUGGUGGACAUGUUGGGUCAAACCCAAAUCCUGAAAGAGGAGCUGGAUGCAGUGGCACUGCAGUCCACACAGGGGGCGCUGCACUCCUGGAGCCACUUCUCUGUGUGUUGCUCUGGCUAUGACCGGCUGGGUGCCGUGGCGGCACAGAUGCCCGUGGUGGAGCAGCUCUUCACCCCCAACGCCCCAGAGGGUACGGCUGACACCCAGCCUGGUCUGACCCGUGGCCUGCAGUACGUCAGGGGAGAGCUGGAGUCUAGCCUGACUGAGUUCACCACCUGGAAGACACAGCUACUCUCCCUGGGCCACGGACACACAGGUUACCAGCAAACAUUCCAUUCCGAGUUCUCUGCUGAGCUGGAGAAGGCCAUCAACACUGUGCUGGUUGCCGUGCAGACCCUGGUGAAGAGAAAGGAUGGGGAGCCGCCGAGAGAACAGCAGACAGACACCAAGAGAGUUCCAGAAGAGGAGGAGGAGGAGGAGGAGCCCCAGGAGGACCUGCUGAAGCCUGGUCACCUGAGCCGUCUGCUGGAGGAGGAGUUGGGAGCAGAGGUGGCCUCUCUCUCCCUGGGGGAGGUCAGCGACACGCUGGAACAGCUACUGGAGAGACUCAGAGUCCACCGAGACUCCUGUCCACCUCAGCAGCUCCAGGAGCUGAGUGAGGCGUGCAGGCUGCUGGUGCGUCUAGACCCCAUGCUGGGGCUGUACUCAGAGCUGGUGUGCUACUACCUGGCUGUGUCAAUGGGAGCCCACAGGAGCACUGGGAAACUGCUUUCUGUCCUGGCCGGCAUCUUCACUGAGUUAGCCCAGAAGGGCUUCUGCCUCCCCCAGGAGUUGGAGGGAGGGGAUGGAGAGGGGGCCACAGAGUUCCACGACUACGAGGGCGGUGGCAUCGGCGAGGGAGAGGGCACCAAAGACGUCAGCGACAAGAUCGAGAACGAAGAACAGGUGGAGGACACUUUCCAGGAAGGCCAGGAGAAGAAAGAGGAGGAACCUGACAAGAAGAACAUUGACGAGGAGGAUAACGCUAUCGAGAUGUCUGAGGACUUUGACGGCCAGAUGCAUGAUGGAGACCAGCAAGAGCCAGGUGAGGAUGACGAGGAGGAUUCUGACAAAGAGGAGGAUGAAGAUCUGGAUAAGAAGAUGGGCGACCUGGGCGAGGGCCAAACGGACACGCUGGAUGAAAGGAUGUGGGGUGAUGAUGAGGAUGAGGAAGAGGAGGAGGGCAGCGACAAGGAGGAAGAGUCAGGCCAAGGAAUGGACCAGGGGGAAUCAGAGCUGGUAGCCAAGGAUGACAACCUGGAUGCAGCGGACCCCAAUAAAGACAACAAGAACAAAGACGACAAAGACCAACAGUUGGACGAGGAGGAAAAGGAGAAGAUCCAUGAACAAGGGGACGAGCGGGAGUUUGAUGAGAACGAGGUGGACCCGUAUCAUGGGAAGCAGGAGAAGAAGCCUGACCCGGAGGCCAUGGACCUGCCUGAUGAACUCAAUCUGGACCAGGAGGAGGACCAGGCCGGGGACGAGGGAGCGGGAGACGAGGAAAACCCGUUCGACAUUGACGAGAAGCCAAUGGAGCUAGAUGAGAAGGAGGGAGCGGAGAAAGAGGGAAAGGAGGAGGGUGAAGCUGAGGACAUAGCUGAGGAUCAGACAGACAAACAAGGAGAGGAAGAAGGCCAGAACCCAAGACUGAGGAGGAAGAGGGGGGGAGGAGGAGAACAAACAGAGGAGGAGGAUGAGGAGAAGGACAAAGGACAAGAGGCAGGGAAAGAGGAGGACUUGGCCAUCCCUACAAACGAAGGCCAGAAACCAAAGGAGGACGAAGAGGAGGGUAAGGAUGAGGAGCAGCCAGAAUCGACAGAGAGGAAGGAGCACAACACAGACGGUCAGACAGGAGAGGAGAACGUCCAGAGUGAGACCGCUGUGGAGCUGGCAGGGGAUGCAUCCGAGAGAGACCAAGCUAAAGAGGAGCAUGGUAGUGGAGCGGCUGAUGCCAGCCAGUCGGAGGGACAUGAGUCCAAACUCAUGGCAAGGAUGUCCUCUCAGAAAGCGAGCCAGAGCAAGACACAGAGCUUCAAAAGGAAGCCGGGGCAGGCUGACAACGAGCGUUCGACGGGCGACUUCAACGAGCGAAUCAACAAGCGUCUACGCACGGUGGAAAGCACUACGGAGAAGACGUUGGAGAACAAACAGACUCCGGCCCAGCAGGAGUCAGACCUGUACGAGCAUAUCAAACAGGGAGAGACGGCCUACGACACACAGACAUACGAUGUUGCCAGUGCAGACCAGCAGAAACCAGACAGAGCCCCACAAGAUGAGGACCAAGAGGACGACGACAUUGCAAUGGAUACAGAGGAGCAGGAGGAGGACCUGCGGGCUGUUGAAGCCCAGGAGUUGAAGCCAGAGCAGCUGGACUCGACCAGAGCGUCACAGAAAGGUCUGGACAGUGGAGAGCAGGAGGCUCUGAGGCAGCAUGAGGAAAAUGAGGAGAGGCCAAAGGACACACAGGGUCACAGUGACGAGGAGCGCCCAGAGAGGAGCACAGAGUCUACCAUCCACACUGUUCCAGAGCUGCUAAUGGACACACUGCAGAACCCAGUCCGUGACCCUGAGGAGCUGAGGAGGGAGAUGGAGCUGCAGCUGGAGGCCUGGAUGAAACAGGCCCCUGGAGACCAGGAGGAGGAGAGUGCAGCGGCAGCCAUGUGGCACCAGUACCAAACGUUGACCUCGGCCCUGUCCCAGCAGCUGUGUGAGCAGCUCCGCCUCAUCUUAGAGCCCACGCAGGCGGCCAAGCUCAAAGGAGACUUCCGCACAGGAAAGCGUCUGAACAUGCGGAAGGUGAUCCCCUACAUCGCCAGUCAGUUCCGUAAAGACAAGAUCUGGCUGAGGAGAACCAAGCCUAGCAAGAGAGAGUAUCAGAUCUGUCUGGCCGUGGACGACUCCUCCAGCAUGGUGGACAACCACUCAAAACAGCUGGCCUUUGAAUCCCUGUCUGUGAUCGUCAACGCUCUCACUCUCCUGGAGGUUGGGCAGGUGUCUGUGUGCAGCUUUGGAGAGACAGUGCAGCUUCUCCACCCGUUCCAACAACCGUUCAACGAUCAGUCAGGUGCUAGGAUACUGAGGCUCUGUCAGUUCCAGCAGAAAAAGACCAGGAUAGCCCAGUUCCUGGAGACCUCAGCCAACAUGUUUGUAGCAGCCAAGCAGCACAGCCUUGGAUCCAUGAACACAGAGACGGCCCAGCUGCUGCUCAUCGUGUCGGACGGUAGGGGGCUCUUCCUGGAGGGGAAGGACAGGGUGACGGCUGCCGUGCAGGCGGCUCGCAGCGCCAACAUCUUUGUCAUCUUCGUGGUGCUUGAGAACCCCAACUCCAGGGACUCCAUUCUGGACAUCAAGGUGCCCAUCUUCAAAGGUCCAGGAGAGAUGCCUGAGAUCCGCUCCUACAUGGAGGAGUUCCCCUUCCCCUUCUACGUGAUCUUGAGGGACGUCAACGCCCUGCCAGAGACCCUGAGCGACGCACUGAGGCAGUGGUUUGAACUCGUCACGGCAACCGACCAGUAGGCCAAUGAGAAGAAACCAUCUGAGAGGGCAGCAACCAACCGCACAACGCCACUCUGCUGCUAGCCUCUCGACAACACACAGACUCAAAAACAGGACUCACAAAGGAAGACUGACUUGCCACUGUAUAUGUGCCUUUUUUCUUAUUUUUACUCUAAUUUUAGUAGACUGUAGAGUUUGAUAGCAACCUCUGCUGUUUAGUCCUUGUCAUCAGGCCAGGGGAAUUCUGGAAGUUAUUUCGUAAUGUAAUUAGCAUUGCUUUAUCUUGCACGUCUAUAAAAAAAUGUUUGAAAAGAAACAAAAUGUGAUUCCCUUCCGUGUGAACAAGAUACCUCUUUUCCCUGUGUACUAUAACCCCCUUCAUGUUGUAUGGAUGUUUUCAGUCUAACAUGUUCAUCAAGAUAUUCUGCUUUCAUGUAAAUGCAUCAAAUGACCAUGUAUAGAGCUGACAGUGUUGUGAUGUUAAUGCACUGUUUGUAAAAUAAAAAAUAACAAGGAAAAAAAGCACCCCCUUAAUUAUAUCAUGGCAAAAGAAAAGCAUGCUGAUAUGGGCUUGAUCCAUUUAAAAAGUAAUCCCAAAAUUGUGCCUUGACCAAAUGUUUCUGCAUCUCACUUUAUACUAUGUGCUUUAGAAAAUGCAUCCAUUGUUUACUUGGAAAUGAUCAUUCUGCCCAAAAUAAUGUGGUGUUAUUAUAAAGCUUCUCUCUCUUUUUCUCUCUCUCUUUCUCUUUCUAUUUUAGUCAAUGUUUUUGGAAAAUGUGGUUCUUAUGCACUUUGAAGCUUUGAUUGCUAAUAACAAUUUUGAUAAAUGCUCCAAUUGGUUCCAUUUCUCUGGUCUUAGGCUAUGUUUAGACAGGUAGCCAAAUCCUGAUCUUUUGACCAAUCAGAUCGGCUCUGAAAAAUAUCUGAUGUCAAAAGAUGUGAUAUGAUUGGUCAAAAUACCAAUUUGGAUGUUGUGCUAACUGUCUCAAUGCAGCCUAAGUGACAUCACAACUACAUCUGUUUUGCACCUCGACUGUACUGUAGAUAAGGUUCAUUCACUGACACGUCAUUAGAAAAUACCAUUGCUGUGACAUUAGGAAAACAGUGGUUGAUGAUUGUGCAUUGAAAUGUUAAUCGCCAUGGUGUUUUGUAAUGUGGAAAUAACUAAGCAAACAAAUGAUUUUCAUGGUAGUUGUUCAUACCAUCUAUCAAUCACAUAUGACAUGAUACAUUGUAUGAUGUUAGGGUUAAUAAACUUUUUUAACUGUUUUGA